GCGGGGGGGCGGGCCGAGGGUUCAGGACUUCGGAUUGCGCUGACCCUAGGGAUUUAGAGGCUGGAGACCUGUACCUGUGUUUUCCAGGAAAGUGACUUAAUAGAUGAUCUCCAAGAUCCCGUCUGCCUCCAAAUUUUUAUCAGUUCAAGUUAAGGAAAUUGGGGAAGGGGCAGGAGACUCUGCUCUCUGUUUUGUAGUCAACUGGGUAUGAAAAAACCCAUCCACAAUCCCCUUGGGCCUAGGACUGUAUCUUCCUUAAAUCCUUUUGCUGAGAAUCUACUUCAGAUCUGAAAAGGGCCAGAGGAAUGGAGGAAUGAGGAUGGGGGUCUAGCAGGGGCUUUAUGACAAAGCACAGCUCCUCUGUUCCUGGGCCCAGGGCAGAUAGCCCUCACGAGCUCUCCUCACUUGUCCCCUCUAUUGGGUUUGUGCAUGUGUUGGGGAGAUGGGCUGCAGAAGUCUUUUCUUUUUAUAGUAAUUACUGCAACUGGUGGAGGAGGAGUCUGGGGGUGGCUGAUGGGCUUUUAGCUGCCCCCCCCCACCUUCUCAGGGAAUGGUCUGUGCCCAUUGGAAGGGGGCAGAUUGUAGGAGAGCAGAUGGCCACCCUCAGCUUCCAGUGUCUGCCCAGAUGGCUGCCCCCCCAUAUCUAUGCCAUGCUCAGGAUAUGGGGGAACGGAGGUUUCCAGGCCUUGGGAGCCCAGAAUCCUAUUCCAUUGCUGGCAGUGAGGGGAGUAUCUCAGCUUCAGCUGCUUCGGGUCUGGCUGCCCUCUCUGGCCCCAGCUCUGGCCUCAGCUCUGGCCCCUGUUCCCCGGGCCCCCCAGGGCCAGUCAGUGGCCUGAGAAGAUGGUUGGGUCAUUCCAAACAUUGUCUCAGUGUGGAAACUGAGGCAGACGGUGGCCAGGCUGGACCAUAUGAGAACUGGAUGCUGGAACCAGCUCUAGCCACUGGAGAGGAGCUGCCAGAACUGACCCUGCUGACCACAUUGUUGGAGGGCCCUGGAGAUAAGACACAGCCACCUGAGGAGGAGACCCUAUCCCAGGCCCCUGAGAGUGAGGAGGAACAGAAGAAGAAGGCUCUGGAAAGGAGUAUGUAUGUCUUGAGUGAGCUGGUAGAGACAGAGAAAAUGUAUGUGGACGACUUGGGGCAGAUUGUGGAGGGUUACAUGGCCACCAUGGCCGCUCAGGGGGUCCCAGAGAGUCUUCGAGGCCGUGACAGGAUUGUGUUUGGGAACAUCCAGCAAAUCUAUGAGUGGCAUCGAGACUAUUUCCUGCAGGAGCUGCAGCAGUGUUUGAAGGAUCCUGAUUGGCUGGCUCAGCUAUUCAUCAAACACGAGCGCAGGCUGCAUAUGUACGUGGUGUACUGCCAGAAUAAGCCCAAGUCCGAGCACGUGGUGUCAGAGUUUGGGGACAGCUACUUUGAGGAGCUCCGGCAGCAGCUAGGGCACCGCCUGCAGCUCAAUGACCUCCUCAUCAAACCAGUGCAGAGGAUCAUGAAAUACCAGCUGUUGCUCAAGGAUUUUCUCAAAUAUUACAGUAGAGCUGGGAUGGAUACUGAAGAGCUGGAGCAAGCUGUGGAGGUCAUGUGCUUUGUACCCAAGCGCUGCAAUGACAUGAUGACCCUGGGGAGACUUCGGGGGUUUGAGGGCAAACUGACUGCUCAGGGGAAGCUCUUGGGCCAGGACACAUUCUGGGUCACAGAGCCUGAGGCUGGCGGUCUGCUCUCCUCCCGGGGUCGAGAGAGACGUGUCUUCCUCUUUGAGCAAAUCAUCAUCUUCAGCGAGGCCCUGGGAGGAGGAGUACGAGGUGGAACGCAGGCUGGAUAUGUGUACAAAAGCAGCAUCAAGGUGAGCUGCCUGGGACUGGAGGGGAACCUCCAAGGUGACCCUUGCCGCUUUGCACUGACCUCCAGAGGGCCAGAGGGUGGGAUCCAGCGCUAUGUCCUACAGACUGCAGAUCCUGCGGUCAGUCAGGCCUGGAUCAAGCAAGUGGCUCAGAUCCUGGAAAGCCAGCGGAACUUUCUCAAUGCAUUGCAGUCACCCAUUGAGUAUCAGAGGAGGGAGAGUCAGACCAACAGCCUGGGGCGGCCAGGAGGGCUUAGGGUGGGGAGUCCUGGGAGAAUCCGGCCUGGAGACCGGGCCCAGGUCAGCACACAAGCACCCAUCAACGGCUCUCUCCCCUCCCUGCUGCUGUUGCCCAAAGGGGAGGUGGCCAGAGCCCCCCUGCCCCUGGACACACAGGCCCUCAGUGACUUCCCCCAAGCUCCUCGUGACUCUCCUCCAGCUCCACCAAUCCCAAAUACCCCUCCCUGCCAAGCCAGACUUGCCAAGCUGGAUGAAGAUGAGCUGUAACUGGUGAAGGCCUGGGGUGGUGCUGGCCCGGCCACCCUAUUUCCCGAGGAACUUCAGGGCAAACCUUCUGGCAUCACCUCAGAAUUCCUUCUUGAUGUGUCUGGAGAGGGGGCAAGGCUGGGAGUGGUGUUGACUUGGAUGAGGAUACCUAGACUCAAAAGGACUUCUUUCUGUUUAAGGAAUGUAGGUUCCUUCAGCUCCCACCCCUUCUGCAUGCAUCACAGGUGCCCCCCCAAAAGGAGGAUGUGUGGGUGGGUGGGAGGGCUGGGGC